UUACCUGCUAUUGAACAUUAACAAAAGGCUUAAUUAAGUUUGUGUUUUCAGCCACCUUAGCAAAGUAUUCAGCAGAUCCCUUUGCAUGCUGUGGCUAUUGAACCUGGAUUAUAAAAAUGGCUGUUGACAAUAAUAUGUUGCAAGACUACUAUUCCGAUGACAAGCUUGAAAAAUAUGCGGCAGCAUGUGUUGAUCUGAAAUCACCCUCAAUCAGCACCCGAUACUAUACCCUUUACUCAUCACUGCCUAGUCUGAAGGACAAAACUGUGUUAGAUCUGCCGUGUGGACUUGGAUUUAAAGCUAGGAAGUUUAUUUUAGAGUACAAAGCAAGCAAAGUGGUGGGAGUAGACAUUGUUCAGAAACAGUUGGACGUCUCAAGACAAUUAGACGUGAAGGCAGGUGUUCAAGAUGGACAAAUUGAGUACGUUUGUCACGAUGCAAAGAUUGCCAAAGAGAUUUGUCAAGCUGACAUCUGCGUGGCUGUGCAUCUUUUCUGUUUUGCCAAAAACUUUGACGAGCUCGUAUCUAUGGCGUCUUGUUUGAUCAUGAAUCUGAAGCAAGGCGGACAGUGUUAUUCUUUAUCUUGUUCCCUCAGCAAAGAAGACAAACAAACGAUAAUACAACUAUUUCAGACAUUUGAUUACUUUGCUAGUCGUGUCGACCCGCUGCCAGAUGAGAUUUUAGUUCCACGGAGACUUAUAUAUUCUAAUGAAGGUUUCAACUAUGAUAUGUAUGCAUGGGACGCUGAAGCAAUCAAGAAGGCUUUCAUAAUGGCUGGUUUCUCUCGAGUUGAACUGGUCCCCUACAAGGCCGACCCGGAGUACAGUGGUCCCUAUAACCUCGAGGAAUACAUGAAGACAGUCGAUGGUCAAGUGGUGAUAGCCGUCAAGUAAACACUGCAUGUGUGUGUGUGUGUGUGUGUGUGUGUGUGUGUGACUAC